AUCAAGAGAUUAACCCUUUGGUUCACUGCGAAUUACCUGCAAGUAAACGCUACCAAAACUCAGGCGAUGACACUGGGGAAAUCUCAGUAACCAUACAAUCUUUUUAUUGGUGACAAAUCCAUCGAAAUUUAACUAACUCUCAAGAUUCUUGGCGUUACAUUGGGUCGAGAUUUGUCUUUCAAGCCCCACGUUGCAAUUAUGCUGAAAAGAGCGUAUACUAAGAUAGCCGCAAUACAAUACAAUAAGAUAGCUCUUUGUUACUUCAGACGUUAUGAUUUCUCCUUAUAAAGCCUACGUGUUACCGCAUUUAGAAUACUGUUGCCCACUGCUUCUGGGCAUAUCUAAAGCCUUGAAUAAUAACAUCGAACAAACCAAUCAUUGGGCGAUCAAGACAUUACUGACUUUUGCCAAGUAA